UGUCGGGAGCGCGCAGCAAUCAUUCCUCAUCCGUCGCACGCCUCGCCAGCAUCGGAAAAUGGAACAAUAAAUUCGCCUUUUAUCUAAAAGAAAAUACCGGCUCUUUUAGCUCUCGUGGUUUCGCAAGAUUACCCGCUUCGUGGUUGAAGAAGCUGACAUUUUGUGUCCAUAAUUAGUAUUUCCCCCCCCCCUCUCCAUUGAGACAAAGAGGGCAAAAAGAUACAAGAGGAGUACAGCUGUGGUGUUUCAGGGCUCAUCCUUCAUUUUCGCUGGUCAUUUCUUUAAGUAACCUGCCGACACUCCUGACGCUGAGCAGUUUGGGGAGGUAAACGACAGGAAGACACUUCAGCGGACCUGAACCGAUGCCACUGUGUUUUCAUUCCCGGAACAAUGAGCCCGAUAGGAGCCUGAAACAUCUCGUGAAACAUCUCGUGAAAGCCUCAGGCGUUUAAGGGAACUGGCCCGGCUGUUUGAUCCCCCCCUCUUACAUCCCUCUGCGUCGCACCACUACCUCGCCCUCUCCCUGCUGUGGUCAUCCCAUGGAGAGUGCACGCCCACCCAGAUAGGAUGCCUCCCCUGCCCGACGGCCUGCACCCCUCCUGCCCAUCACCACCUCCUCCUUCUACCUGCUCUUGCCAACAGUUCCUUGAGGGCCCCCAGGCUCCGCCCUGCCUCGCUCCAACAUGGUGGAUGAGGUCACCACCAUGAAGGAUGACGUCAUUAACGCCAACACGCUGGCAUGGCUGGUAUGCUCGGGAUUGUCCAUCUUGGCCAACACGUGGAGCAUCCUUAGCGUCAGUGCCAAGCAGAAAAAGUGGAAGCCGCUGGAGUUCCUCAUCUGCACGCUGGCCGGGACGCACAUCCUCAACAUGGCCAUCCCCAUCACCAUGUACUGUGUCAUCACGCUGCGACGCCAGCACUCAAACUACGAGUGGAACGAGGGUCUGUGCAAGGUGUUUGUCUCCACCUUCUACACCCUCACAUUGGUCACCUGCUUCUCCGUCACCUCGCUCUCUUAUCACCGCAUGUGGAUGGUACGGUGGCCUGUAAACUACAGGUUGAGUAACACCAAGAAGCAGGCGGUGCACACAGUGAUGGGCAUCUGGAUGGUCUCCUUCAUCCUGUCCACGCUUCCAGCUGUGGGCUGGCACGACACCAUUGACCGCUUCUACACCUCCGACUGCAGAUUCAUUGUGACAGAGAUCGGUCUGGGCUUUGGCGUGUGCUUUCUGCUGCUGAUCGGAGGCAGCGUGACCAUGGGUGUGAUCUGCAUCGGCAUCGCUCUCUUUCAGACCUUUUCAAUUCAGGCGGGCCACAAGGCUGACAAGAACAAGUUUAACGUCCCCACCAUAGUAGUGGAGGACGCCCAGGGGAAGCGCAGGUCGUCCAUCGAUGGAUCGGAGCCUCUCAAGACGUCCCUGCAGAUCACCUACCUGAUCAGUGGAAUCGUCUUUAUCUACGACUUCCUGACUGGCUUCCCUAUACUGGUGGUGAGCUUUGCCAGUCUGAAGUUUGACCGCUCCUACAACUGGAUGGUGUUGUGUGUGCUGUGGUGCUCCAUCGCCCAAUCCAUCCUGCUGCCCAUGUUCAUCUGGGCAUGUGACCGCUAUCGCGCCGACAUUCGCAUGGUGUGGGAGAAAUGUGUCGCCAUCAUGUCAAAUGACGACGUGGAUGAGGAGGGCUUGCCAUGUAUAACUCAUCCCAGUUUUGUCAGAACAGAAUGGAAUGUGCCCCCUACAAGAAGAUACUCCCACGACGAAACCGACAUGUGGACCAGCGACCGGAUCCCCUCAUACCUUCAUCGAUGGGGCUCCAGCGAGGACAUCAUAGUGACUGCCCACUACAGCUCCACCUUACCGCGCCGCGAGAUGCGCAGGAGCAGCCUGGUCUCCUACCACGAGGAGAGCCACCAUCACCAUCACCCUCAUCGAAAGCGGCGACGCUCUGAGGACAGCAUGCACUCCCUCAAACACCUGCCCCGCGUUGUCUGUGCAGGUGGGGAGCACUAUGAGGACGAACUGCGGUGUUUUAGCCGCGAUGAGGUGAUCAACUUUAUAGAUGAGACUCCGCUGCCGAGCCCCAGAAAGAGCCCGCGGCGCGCAUCCAGCAUUUCACUUAUACCCAAUGUGUAUGACCAGCACACAGUCAUCCUCCCUCGGUUCCUACUCACAGACUUUGAGUGUGAGCCUCAAGCUCUCAGGCGGCUCUCAGAACACAAAAGGAGCAGUAGUCGGGAGAACACGUCCCAGGUUUCCCCCAGAGCAGACAGGCCUGCUGGGAAGAAGAGCCCCGGGGCGUGCGGCUCUGGAAAAGGCUGCAGGGAACGCACGCGUGACGGGAAACCGCAUUGUGAGGUGGGCUCACCUGGGCGCAUCCAACAGACUGCAGGGUCGUCCAGUAGGCCCAGGACAGGCGGGGGAGCCAGGGCGGCUGCUGGAGCUGACUGGGGGCAUCAAAAGCACCUGAGCAAGGGCGAGAGUAAAGGAAGCACAAACAGUUUUGUAAGCACACCUUCAGCAUCGUCCUCGGGAUACAUCACCUUUCGCUCUGAUUCUGUCGGUUCAGCCAACUGAACAAAGUUGUUAAUAUCAACAUCAUUACCGAAAUGUUUUCCUCAAUGAAAACCACUGACAUCUUGGUGGUUAUGGGAUAAUGGCAUAUUGAUUUUUUUAAUUUGUAGCCUACUUGUGCUAAUAUUCUGAUAUACCCCGAAUCAAUAUCUAUUAUUCUAAAUGGCCUUAGGGGCUUUGGACAUUACAACUUCAUGGGUAAUGCUAAUCGGGUUAAAGAUUGGGUUUCCUGCUCUUUAGCUUUCGCAUCCCAAAAUAUCCUCUGAGGACAUUUUUUUUUCGAGCACUGUCACAAAUAAACUUUUAGUAGCGUGAACAUUGUUUUUGCUGUUCGAUGUUUCUUAUGAACUGCUCAAUGAUUUAGAGGAGGUCGUUUUUAAGUGCAGUUUUUCCCUGCUUUUUUUGCACUUCAGAACUUGAACUCAAACUGUAUUUAACUUUGCCUGUAAUGGCUGUGUGUCUUGUUGUAUGGAAAUAUUUGCCUUUCAAACCAAACUUUCCGGAAUAUUGCCAAUGUACCUUGAGAUUAAUUUCAGGACAUUAUACAUGUUUAUUUUAUUUGAAUCAUGAUGUACCUUUCUAUUACCAUUGUUAUCACAAAACAUGAAAGCUUUUUUCGAGCCCCCUUUUGUUGAAGUAAAUUGAGAGUGGUAAUCUCAAACUCUGUAAUGCCUGAUAGUUUUACAGUAACUGUGUGGUAUUGAGAUAUAAAGUGAAGACCCCUGAUUUUUCAUAAAAAGGUGAAGUCAGAUUUUAAAGAAGAUUGACAUGUCAUGUGUAUAUAUGAAGGAUGUUGGAUUUAUGGUUUUGGUGUUUUCUUGUUUUGUUUAAUGAGACCUUUGCUUAGAGCAUUUUCUCCCAAUUCUUAUUAUUCCGAUGUUUGUUUUAACUGGAGAUCAAAACAGGUUCUCACGUCUUGCAUAUUUACAUGAAACAUCAGAUCAAUAAAGCAGGUGCUUUGGUACGAUUAACUGUCAGCCUGACCUCACCUCUUACUUGUUUUCAGUAUAAGUUGUUAGAGAGCACCAAAUUCAUUUCAUUUUUAAAAGUAGCUUUCCAAGAGGGAACCUCUACAGAUGUGAAUGGUUAAAAAUGUGAUUAAUUGCAGCCUUCAAGCUUAUAUGUAGCAUGACUUAAAUGCUGUUGUCGUACCCAUCCAACAUGAACUAUGGCAAAAUUAGGAACAUAGAUUCGGAAAUAGAACGCAAUUUUAAAGUUUCGAAAAAGGCCAGAAAUAACUUUUAAUAUAGUAUCUUAUUAAGAAUGGUUAUAUUCUGGGAGUUUUCUUUCAGUAAGGUUACUUAUUUUAAAAACCUGAUUUAUCUAAGCCCCAUGAGAUAUGUCUAAUAACAAUACAUCAAAUGGCAUCUGCAAACCUCUAGCAAGGGAUGCUGUUGGAAAAGGUACGUUUUUAGAUUUGUUCGAAUCAUGGCAACAUAUCAAAGGACAAAAGUAGUAUUCAAAAAGACAAGUUAAACUCCCUCUAAUGUCCCCAAAUUCUUACUUAAGGACACUGCAGUGAACUUUAAAUUAGAUAAACUUCUCAUGUUAACACAAAAUGACAAUUUGCUGACUAAAGGAAGUGAGAACUUUACUACUUACAAAUGAUAGCAGAAACCAACUUGUAGCUUUGACAUCUAAUGGACGGUAACUGCUAACAUGAAUGUAUUUGGUUUACGUUUUCGAAUACAUUAUUAGUAUAAGGACAACAUUAAACUGAAAUGACCCCUUUGGUUUUACAAUGAUUUUGCAGUUGCCAUCCAAGUUAUACAUUGGCACGCAUUUGGCAUAUUCAUUUUCACCCUUCUGCAAUCUUUAAAAUGUUUAGUUUUGAUCCUUGUGUAUUAGUGCACCUCAGCCUUUUCAAGUGGAAGGAAUUAUUGUUUUGUGCUUUCUUUGGAAGCAAAACAUUUCAUUUCUCUGUUAAGCUUUACUAUAUCAUAGAUUUUUGCAUUCUGUUGUGUUUACAAUAUUGAAAUAUCAUUUUGUAACAUAAAAGAUUUAUGACUAAAAAAUUAAUGAUGUAAAUGUCAUGAUUUUCUUGUUCAGAUGAUGACUUUGUUAAAAAGAUAUGGCUGAAUAAAUUCACAAGAUGAUGCACCA